AAUACCUUUACUAUGUGUGUAAAAAGUUGAUAACUCUUAAAUGUCAUCAAAAGUUUUUUUUAGGAUAAGCUGAUUACUUCAUGCAUACUUUGUUAGAUCUUGGUUCUAAUAUGUAAAUCCCUGAUGUUAUUAGCCUGAGCUUUGAAUAUAUCAGUUAAUGAGGUGCACAUUAAUCUGGAUAUGCAAAGCAGACUUCAUGUUCUUAGGAAACAAUACGUCUUCAGAAGUCACAGAAUUUGAUCAGUGAAGUGUUUGGGCCACGGGGGUGUUGUAAAUAGGAUGGAGUAGAAUAGCAAAUAAUUCACUUUCCAGAUCGCUCUAUCCACAACUUCUAGUGCUUGAAUCUCGCUCUUUUGAUCCCAUUGAGGAAAGCUCACCUGUUUUACCAAACUCUGCAAGUAAUUGGGUUUGUGCUGUGACUCUAGUUUAGUACAACACUGUAAAGCAUUCUCCCCACAUUUUUUCUUUUCCCUCCAAAGCGAUCCAAUUAAUAUGCUAAUGAGAUGAUAAAUAUUUAUGAACAUUUAAAUUGGGGGGAAAAAAGCUCUCAGAGCGCAGUGUGAAAUGAAUUGCUCGCAGGACUUCAAAGCGUUGCUAGGCUAAUGAAUCGAGGGAGAUUUGCAUACGGCUUUAAUAAGCUGCAUACUGAUUACGCUUCAUUACGAGCGCUGUCAGCCGCUCGGCUUCUGUUCCAUUAUGGAAUGAAAACGAACUUCUUUGCACUCUAGUUGUUAUGACAAUCAUGGCACGGAUAGAGUGAGUGAGUGAGAGAGAAAGAAAGAAAGAGAAACAGCAACCGCGGCAAAGAGAUUUUGAGAGGAGCGACCACAGUGUCAGCGAGCUCAGCUGUGCUCUGCACAUGUGCCGUGCCUGUGUGUUGACUUGCUGCAAACCGUUUAGUCAAACAUCUUUGCUUUGAGUGCUUUGUGUACCAAGCUUGUUGUGAUGCUCGUGGAUACGCUUGAGAAAGCAGGUGCAACAGCUGCUGAUUCUAGAAUGAGUAAUCCAUCAGAAACGAGUAAAUGUGCAAUGGAGAGCGGGGACGAAAACACUGGUGCCCAAACAAAUGGACUGGACUUUCAGAGACAGACUGUGCAAACAACGAGCGCAAUCACCAAUGCACACGCACAGGCUUUCCUCCAACAGUUGACUUUGACUCCAGCGCAGCAGCAGUUAUUGCUGCAGCAGGCCCAGGCUCAGCUGUUAGCCGCAGCUGUGCAGCAUUCGGCCGGCCAGCAGAGCAGCACUACAGGAGCCAACAUCUCCGCCUCCGCUGCCACACCCAUCACACAGAUCCCCCUCUCCCAACCCAUCCAGAUCACACCUCAGUUACAGCAGCUGCAACAGCAGCAGAACCUCAACCUGCAGCAGUUUGUGCUGGUCCAGCCGGGCCACCACAUCGCAACCCAAUUGCAGCCUGCGCAGUUCAUCAUCUCCCAGACACCACAGGGCCAGCAGAGUCUCCUGCAAGCCCAGAACCUUCUAACUCAACUACCUCAAAGCCAAGCCAACCUCCUGCAGACCCAGCCAAGCAUCACACUUGCCACACAGCCUGCGACACCCACACGCACGAUAGCAGCAACCCCCAUCCAAUCCCUGCCUCACACCCAGACAACACCAAAGCACAUUGACACGCCCAGUCUGGAGGAGCCCAGCGACUUAGAGGAGCUAGAGCAGUUUGCCAAGACCUUCAAACAGAGACGUAUCAAACUGGGCUUCACGCAGGGAGAUGUUGGCCUUGCCAUGGGAAAACUUUACGGAAAUGACUUCAGCCAAACCACCAUUUCUCGCUUUGAGGCCUUGAACCUGAGCUUUAAAAACAUGUGCAAACUGAAGCCCCUGCUUGAGAAAUGGCUCAAUGAUGCAGUUUGUGCAGAGAAUCAGACGUCCGAUCAGGGCCUGUCCAGUCCCAGCUCUCUUGGCUCGCCUGGGCUGGGCUUGGAGGGCCUGAACCGUCGCCGCAAGAAAAGGACCAGCAUCGAGACCAACAUCAGAGUGGCCUUAGAAAAGAGCUUUCUGGAGCAGAACCAAAAACCUACCUCUGAGGAGAUCACCAUGAUCGCGGACCAGCUGAAUAUGGAGAAAGAGGUGAUCCGAGUAUGGUUCUGUAACCGCCGGCAGAAAGAGAAAAGGAUCAACCCGCCCAGCAGUGGCAGCAUUGUCAGCACCCCUAUCAAAACGAUCUUCUCUCCUACCACUUCUCUGGUGCCGAGUACAGCCAGUCUUGUGACCAGUAACACGCCGACUACAUUGACUGUAAACCCAAUUAUGCCUCUCACCAGCACUAGUGUCUCCAGCAUAGGUUUCACUGGCACAACUAUUGGCUCGGCUACCACUAACACUGCAUCCGUCAUCUCUACUGCACCCGUGGUCACUACUGCAGCAUCCUCUCCGUCACUUAGCCCUUCUCCCUCUACGCCGCAUACAUCCUCCAUGGAGCAGGCAUCGCCUCAGGAGACCGUGACGGCGGUAAGUCAGGCACCCUCCUCCUUGGCGUCCACUUUGGGUACUGGGCAGGUGAUGGUGUCGGCAUCCAGCCUCUCUGCUGCUCUGCAAGGAGCCACCCAGCUGCCCACCAGUGCCAGCAUCGCUGCCAUGGCUGCCGCCGCAGGCCUUAAUCCCGGGCUCAUGGCAUCCUCGCAGUUCAAUCCCGGUGGGGCUUUUCUAAGUUUGGCACCUGGUGGUCUUGGGAGCCUGAGUCCGGCACUGAUGAGUAAUAGCACCUUGGCCACAAUCCAAGGUGUGUGGAGCGCCCUGGCAUCUAGUGGCACUCUGCCCAUUACAUCUCUGGAUGGGAGCGGGAAUCUGCUGUUCGCGAACACCAGUGCAGGCGGUACCCCGAAUCUCGUGACGGCGCCCCUCUUUCUGAGCCCUCAGAAUCUGUCGCUGCUCGCCAGUAACCCGGUCAGCCUCGUGUCGGCGGGAGGGGGGGCAGGUGCAGCCGGAGCCCUCAACCUGCACAUAAGCGCCGAUGCCCAUCAAAAUGCUGUUACCACGGCAACUAUGCCCUCCUCCACCAUUACCACGGCCUCUAAGGCCCAGUGAAAGCUUUACCCACUCUCCUCUUCUUCUAUACUUCUAAUCCUCAUCGACUUUUCUCUCUAUCUCUUGCUACCACCAAAAACAAACCCACAAGGAUUUGAUAUUAACGUUUUAAAUGUUAAUCGUUUCUUUUUUUCACAUAUCUUUUACACCUUAAUAAUGGACUCCAUAUGUUAGCAUCUCCAUAGGGCUUGCAUCAGGAGAGAAAAAAACCUCCCUGGACAUUUUGCCAAGUCUCUCUGUGUGAUGCAAAAACGUAAGUUUAGUGAGCUCAUUUAGUGCGGUCUUGUCUCACAUUUUCACGAUCUAUCUCUCUACUUUAGAAGAUCUUCUAAAAUGCUUCGAACCAAAAACCUUGUUUACUCUGAACUGCUGUGAGUAACCCUCCUCUUCCUCACGUAGAUAAAGGACACCUUAUGUUCGAUCUUGUCUCUUUCCACUGGAGAUCUUUACAGGCCUUUUCUACAACGUUUCCUUUUAGAUCAACAUAGUUUCUUUUGUAUCAAGCAGUGGGUUAGCUUUAUGUCCUGUAUCUUACUAACUUGUGGUUACAAGGCUUUAAUAUGGAGUAAUAAGCGGCUGUGAUGCUUUAAGGAAUCGAUUAACUGGCCUUUCUUUCUAGAAACACUUAUUUUUUUGUAGUUUACUCUGUAGUAGCAGACUUUGACUGGAUUCAGACCCAGACUCAAAGGCUAACUUACUAAAAGCUUUAAGGAAUUGUUAUUAACCAUCAAGGAGGAUCUGUUAAGCGAGAGUGACAGUGACUGAGCUGUAGCGUCUACUCUCUAGUAAAUGAAAAGCGUAAGGAACGUGUGAACGAGCUCGCAAACCUUAUAUUGCUGUGAGGUAAACCUCCUCAAGGUCUUCCUAGCAUGGGAUGUACUGUUGGUUAAGUCAACCGAUUGUGAAAGUGUAGGUCAAGUGAGAAGUUAAGGUGGAUGAUGUUUUUAUUUUUUUUUAUUUUUCUACUCGUGCACAGUAUCUGUACCAAAAAAACUGGAUUUAAGAACUGCAGUCUGCUGGGUUUUAGCAGAGCUCCUGUCACACUUUAAGAGGUCUUUAUUUCAGAGGUCUUUGUAUUGCCUCACUUUGAAGAUAUACCAAAAAUCUUUGUUAUACCUGUUGCUGUAUAUUGCUAUUGUAGCGUAGUUGAAGCUUAAAUAUUUAUGAGCGAAGGCUCUUGGUAGACCACAGGAAAUAUAAUGCAAUAUUUUGAAAGUUUUUUCCAAAGACAAAACAUAGUUUUUUCUUUCUUUCUUUUUUUACUUUUAAUUAAUAUUAUUAUUUUUAAAUAUGGCUGUUCCUCAAUUUUGUAGGUGAUCUGGGGGUCAAAGGACAUGAUGCUAGAGCAAGAUCACAGAGUACCAGUGUGAAAACAUGGAUUGUUUUCUUUUACUGGUCGUUGGUGAGAAAUGAGAUGAGACUUUUAUAGAUAAGUCUCUCCUUUGGUUAAAGCCGUGGUUCUCAAAUGUUUCGGUGUGCGCCCCCCUUGUUUAAGGUGCAUCCUUCGUGCCCCUCCCCAAAGAAAAUUCAUGACAUAAAACAAUAGUAAAUGAUGCAAAGUAGUGCUGUUGGUUAGUAACAACAUGAUAAAUUCAUGUAUUUUAUAAAAUGUCACAAUACUAGGGUCCCCUCGGCACCAUCUCGCACCCCCCAGUUUGAGAACCACUGGGUUAGAGAUGUAUUUCUUAAAACGUACAGGCUUUUUAAAUACUUUCCCUUGUUUGUAGUUUAAAGGGCCAUCGCUUUAUGGGGGUCCUAGUACAAAUUUGUCAUUGGUGUCCCCUCCCUGGAACCCAAUGAGUGUGCUGUACGAUAGAGGACAUUAGUGGCCCCCUUUUGUCACAGGGAAGUGUCUUUUGUCCCCAUAUAACGUUAAAAGGCUUGGAUGGGAGCAGAAUUGGGAAUUUUAGCCAAAUGGUCUCUUUUUUUAUUUUCCCCUACCAAUGUAAUGCAGCCAUGAUGUAAAGCUUGAACCAAAGUCAUUUUCUCACUAGCUGCUGUGCCUGUGUGGACCACCACACUUUCACUACUCACUACUGACAAAACUAGGCCAUCUUUUACUACCCUUACGGCUCAUAUUGUCCAACAUUUGUCAUCUAGUGCAGAGUUAACUUGCUUUAGCUCUCCAUAUCAAUGCAUUUAAUGAUCCAAAGAUAAACUAAAUAGCCUUGUAUUUAAGUGCUGUUGAGAUUUUGGGAGUCCUACAUUUCAUUUUUUUACUUUCUUAGUGUAGUUUUGGAUGAACUUCGAUGCUGCACUGGUGCUGCCAACAUAAUGAGCGAAUAGCAAUAGAAAUGAUAUUAAAGAGUCCACCAAAGAGGCUAAUUUUACAUCCAGGAGGGAGUACAGAAUGUUGGAUUUCAUAUCACAUGACUAAAGUUAAAUAUUAAGCAUAGCAUUGGUACAUUGUCGUCUUUUUAUGUUAAAACUGUAGAGCUUCAGGGUGUACUGUGACAUUUACAGUAGUGUUUAAUCUGUACUGUAGCAUUCCUGUUGACAUCGAAUUAUCACAAUGAGGUUGGCAUCCACCCCAUUUUCCUGAUUUGUUAUAACUUUUAUCGCUUGCUUUUUGUAUUGUUAUAUCAUUUGAAAUACCUCAACAGCACUUACAUGGAAGGUUCAGUUUACGUAAAAGUCAACUUCAGAAUGUAGAAGUUGUGUGUAAGGGUCCUUUUUUUAAAGGACUAACACAUCACGUAAAACGAAACUACAAAUGAAUCUGUAAUAAUAAUAAUAAUAAUGUCACACAAGUCUACUACUGCUAUUUCAAGUACUACUACUUAAAAGGUUAUUUCCAGGUUAACUUGUAAUGAAUAUUUUGUUAUCCUACUUGCCAAAGUAAAAUAAAGCCUUUGUCUUUGCGGCUGGGUCUUGUUGCUGCUCAUUACGCUGGUUCUGUCCAGAAAUUUCAACGUAGCCUGUCUGGACAUGUAGGUUUGUGUUGUUUUGCGCAUUAGUGUCAUGACCCGGUCGUGCCGGGAUUGUGGGGAGUUACUGAUAUAUUUAUCUGAGGAAUGACUCGAAAGAUCAGAGAACAUCUUUUCUAAAUUCUAUAUAUAUUCACUUAUGUAAGAUGCUCAUAUUUUAUAUUUGAACUGAUAACUAGUUUGAAUGUAGUGUUUUUGUCAUGCUUAUUCACUAAAAGAAAACUUAACAAAAAAAUGACUUCAUUUAUAUUAUAGCUAUACUUAAAAAAAUAAAAAUAAAGUCAAGACCAAAAAUCGAAGCCACAUCCUUGUGAAAUGGGAGUGGCUGUCAUGUGCCCCGUCUGCAUUGAUGAGUGGGAGGGGCUUUUGCGAUGGUGCUCCAAAAGAAAGCUCCCAACUUUUGUUGAUACUUGGGAAAAAGAUUUAAUAAUAGCAUCAAAUUUUAAUUUGCCAUUUUGCUUUUUAACAAUCUUUACCAAUCAUUUGAAUUUACUUUAUGCCUUUUAUUUGUUCGUAUCUGUCAUGAGGGAGCAACGUCACUGGCUUUCUUGUUUGACUUGCGUUUAUCAUUUAUGCCUUACUAUUAUUUUGACACAUUGUAGCAAACUGUAGUGAGUGUGCUGAUACAAAAAGUGGUUUUGUUGUGAAUGCGUGUGUGCAUGGGAAAGAGGAUGCAACUAAGCAUGCACCGACGUUAAAACUUACGGUGCUGAUGCUGUGAGUUUUGGAAGUAUCAAGCCGGUUGGAUACCUGAAAUGCUUUACUGAUAACUCCAUCUGGUUUGUGAAUGGGUGCAUGAUUUUUGUUAGUGCAUUCAUUUUGACAAGUUAAUACUUAAGGGAAGGUAGUGGUCUUUCUGAUGAAAUAACUCAAUAAUGGUUUGGAAAUACAGGAAAUGUAUGGCAUUUUUUUAAAAGUGGAUAUAAUAAGGAAGCAUCAUGUAAUUGACCACUUGGCUGUAAAUGAUAUGCCUUUGAACCUGUGUGAUCAUGAAAUGUUUCAACCAUGAGGAUGUAGAACCUGGCAACAGCGUUAGUGCAUAUGAAACUGUUGCGGAUCCUGUUUUUGGCACUUGAUUUUGAAUGCUCUGAUUUGUGAUUGGGUAGUUUCUCGAGUGUAGUGGGGUUCGCAUAGACCCUUAGUCAAAAUAGGAUAGUUGCAGAAGAGGUCAUGCACCAGAAAGAUGUGAGAGAGCUGGUCUAAGUAAAGGCGUUGUUGUAUACCUCAUUUAUAACUCAAAACUGAGUAAAACCUGCUUUAAUCUACUUCAAGAAUAAAAAAAACUGUUCAAACACAGAAGCCUGCAGAUGUCCGUUUAUAGUUUGGAGUGAGGAACCGGUUAGAUACCCAGAAAGCAUGCAAGCACCCAUAAUGACCAAUUCCUGAAUUUAGCAACCUACCCCACUUUUGUAUAUUUUGCUUCACACUUUUUUUAUUUUUUUUAUGAUUUGACAAUCGUCGCCCUUUGAAUCCCUCGCCACCUUUCUGAAUCCGGUGCAGGUUUUGUGUACUUUUUAGGUUGGUGGUUGCUUGUUCCUCACAUUUUCAGUGCUAACCAAAGACUUUCAAAGUGAUUGUAUGGACUAAACUCUCUUUACUAAGCCUGCCUCAACCAUCAGCAUAAGAUUUUCAUCGUUCGCACGUGUGUGCCGUAUCGUUGGGGUUUGGUAGACAGAGGAAGAAAACGGCUCUGCUGGCUUCUUGAAUGGAUUUGUUAAAAAAAGUAACCCCUCAGGGGCUGGGUGAUGUUUUUUAAUACACACUGAAGGGGACGGCCUGGGCUCUUUGCAAACCGCUCAGGAUAAACUGGAGUUACGCUCUGUGGCUAAAGCAUGGCAAUGUCUCUCCAUGGUUACAUUAUUUUUAGGUGCUGUCAUCCCAUCGUUUCGGUGUCUUUGUACGUCUCUAGCUUUGCUGCUUCCACUUUCAUGAUUUGAAUUGGUUCGAUCGGUCAGCCGUGCAACUAUGCAUCGUUGUUCUCCAUCCCGCAAGGGUGGUGUCCGAAUGACACGUCUUUUCAGACGGGUCUUGAUUGUUUUAUGCCGAGUCGAAAACUAUAAGCUCUAUCCCAAAGCAAAAAUCCAAAAAUGUUUUACAAAUGCAGAUACCAAAGAUUACUCUGUUUUUCCUCUUCCUUACCAAAUCCGUCAGCUCGUGUGUUAAGAAACAGAACCCAGCUCUGGCCGUAGUCCUAACCUCAGUAAUUCCUUAGAUGUAUAUUUUGGUAUUUUUCUGAGAUGCUUAUGGGGAAACCGUUUGUCGUUUUUUAAUUUGACUCGUUUGUCGGAUUUGUUGCUCUUUUUCUGUCACAGCAUGGAAUUAACUGCAAACCUGUCUUACUGUAGGUUAAAGAAAUAGUAUUUUUGUAUGUUUUUGGAUGUGUCGAUGUCGAUGUGAUAUCAGUUUCACUGCCCAAGUUAUCGUUGUUUUUAAAACAAAAGACGGAAAAAGAUAAAGUAAAAAAGACAAAAAAAGAAAAUGUACAUAAUACCUUAGUCAAGGAUUUCAAAGGAAAUCUCUCUCUCUAUACUCUCAUAUUUCCUACAGCUAAAGCUCAAGGAAUGUUUCAUUUUCACCCUGUCACAUACUGUAGAUUGUACUCUUAUUAUCUUCUUUCAGGAUGCUGUAACUCACUGUUGUCAUAGUGAUGAUUAGUUGAGUUCUGGGUAUCACUACAAACCUGAACUCUAGCGCCACUCAUGGCCUGUUAACAAAUAUAAACAUGCAUACACCCGAGACUGAACGCUAAACGGCUACGUGAAUGUAGCUUAGAACUGAAUGAUUGAUUGUGUAGAAUAUAAGUAUGUGAAUCAGGAUUACAUGGUAGAUUUGAUGCAUUUGUCUGCUGUAUUUUUUGUUUGUUUUUUAUAUAUAUAUAUAUAAAGAUAAUCUUUUACUGUAACUGUACAGUUAUCUUUUUUGUUGUAAACAUCAUUAAACCAUUUUCCAAGUGUUUUAAUAUUCUAA